GCUAUGUUUUGAUUUCAUCAUGUUGCCGAUUUCUAGGUUAUGUGUAGUGUAUACUUUUACAGUUUUUAGUCAUCUGUUUAGAUUGGCUUCCUUGGCAGUGGGUGAUGUGUUUUAAACAAUAGCCACUCGCAUGUUCAGUAAUUUUAUAAUCUUUUAUGAACGUCUUUCUCUGUGGUUGAAGACGUUUACUGUCAUCGGUGACAUUUCAUAUACGCGAUGACAGCAGAUAAGAAGCAUCAAGAUGACAUUGGAAGCCUCUUUGGAGGCAUCACUUUCUUCGCCAGGAGCCAUCCAGGCGAAAUGUGUGGCAGUAAUGGCCUGCCAUUGACGCCGAAUUCUAUAACUAUUUAUGGAAGAGCACAGUUUCUCAAAACCAUCAAACAUCCGCAUUUGUGUACAUACGUGGACAUAAUAAGAGGAAAACAUGAGAGGACGAUGGUGGUGUGUCAGUAUCAUCCCAAACCUUUAAGUGGACAGUUUCUCCCACUCAAUGCAUUACAGAAAUUUACUAUGCAAAUAGUUGAUGCUUUAAAUCACCUGAAUACUUUGCGAAUUGUCCAUCGAAGUCUUUGUCCAGAAAACAUAUUAGUUGAUGAUAAAGGAGAUGUGAAGCUCUUCAAUUAUGGACUUUAUUACAUGACUGGAGAAGGAACUGAUGUUUCAUUUCCCAUAGGCCAUCCAAAAUACAUGGCUCCAGAAGUGUUGCUUGGUGCACAGUCAGGACCAAAAGUGGAUGUUUGGUCAUUAGGUAUGAUACUACUUGAACAAGCUAUGGGUAAAACACUUUGGGCUGGUUUACGCCUGGCUCAGUGGCUAAGAAAGGUUCUUAGUUUGCUGCAUUGUCCUAGUGUUGUGGAGAAGAUAGCAAGAGAGCAUAACUGCUGGGAACAGUUACAACAGACAGUGCCCGCUGAUUUCCUAGACCUUCUGUCCAAAUGCCUGAAUAUAUACACAAGUCAACGGCCAAUGCCUCGUCAACUGAUGUGCCAUCCGUACCUUAAAGAUAUUGAACAGAAAUCUGUUACGGAAUCUGUUCCACAAUCUAGACCACACCCUCUGCUGGAAAGGCCCCUAAAAGAGCUGUACCAUUUGUGGAGACUGGCAGGCGGUGAUGUACAGGCAGAACUGCGAAAACAGGGUCUUAUACGUACAAAACCUCCAAUUCUAUCACUUCCAAGUCUGGUGAUACUGGAAGGCACGGUGUUUGGACAGAUCAGAGACCGAACUUCAAUGCUGGAUUUACGUGUUGUUCCACUGCCUCUGGACACACUUGUUCAGAGACUGGCACAUGUACCACCAACUUCAUACUACCCUCUAAUUGAAGUAAAGUCUGACAUUAUUGGUGAAGAUCCACAGCCAGAUGCUGCCAAUUUACCACUUGUUAUCCGAGAACGAGACACAGAGUACCAGCUUCAUCGUAUACUUUUGUGUGAUAGGUUACUUGAAGGGUACCCAUAUAAGAAAGCUGCGCUUAUUAAGGAAGCUCGCAAAGAUAUUCCACCUCUGUUCCGUGGUGAUAUGUGGGCUGCUGUGUUGGAAGUCGUAGGUGAUAUUCAGGGCCGUUACACAGCAAUUGAUAAGGAAACGCCUACACAUACAGACAGACAGAUCGAAGUGGAUAUUCCACGCUGCCACCAGUAUGAUGAACUCCUGUCCUCAACGGAGGGUCAUAAGAAAUUCAAGCGUAUAUUGAAAGCUUGGGUGGUAAGUCACCCACAGUAUGUCUAUUGGCAGGGAUUGGAUUCUCUUUGUGCACCUUUCUUGUAUCUCAAUUUUAAUAAUGAAGCUCAAGCUUAUGCUUGUCUCUCAGCAUUUAUACCAAAAUAUCUGCACAAUUUCUUUCUGAAAGAUAAUUCAGCAGUAAUACAGGAAUAUCUUGCAAAAUUUUCCCAUCUAAUAGCAUUCCACGAUCCUGAACUUGCAAAUCAUCUUGCUGGUAUAUCAUUCAUACCUGAAUUAUUUGCAAUACCAUGGUUUCUCACAAUGUUUUCACAUGUAUUUCCAUUGCACAAAAUCCUUCACCUCUGGGACAAACUGCUGCUUGGAGAUGCUUCUUUUCCACUUUUUGUGGGCUUAGCAAUAUUGAAGCAACUGAGAGAUACGUUACUAACUUCAGGCUUCAAUGAAUGUAUUCUGUUGUUCUCUGACUUACCAGAAAUAGACAUGGAACGUUGUGUUAAUGAUUCAAUUGAGAUGUAUUGCAACACGCCCCGUAGUGUUACCUACAGACAGCACGAGUUGCCAGUAAAAACUGAAACAAAUGUGAACCCUGAUCUGGAGAUGAGCCCAAUUCCAUUAUCUGAGCUGCAGAAAGAGUUCUGUCCUCGUAUAAGUGCAGCCAAUUUAUUAGAGCUAAUGGACAUAAAGCAAAACAAAUUUUCAAAAUCAAAAGUUGUUGUUGUGGAUGUGCGACCUCCAGAUGAAUACAACCGAGGUGCAAUUCCAUCAAGUAUCAAUAUUCCAUUUUCAACUGUAAAUUUAUCAGAAAAUCAGUUACCUCCAGGGCCUGAGAACAGUAUUCUUCAUAGCCACAAAGGCAAGGUUAUUACAGUGGUUGGAUCACGUGGACCAAAUGCUUCUCAGUUUGGACACAUGUUGGUUCAGUGUGGGUUUCCACGGGUCUGCGUCCUGCACGGAGGAGUACAGGUGUUGCGUUCUUCCAACAUUUUGCUGGUUCCAGGAGCCAUGUGACGCCACAACAUGGCACUUGCAAAGUGCGAUAGUUGCUGAAUUCAUGUGAUACAUUAUUGGAGAAAGUAAUCUGGCCCGUGGUAUACUUGAUAUGUGCAGAAGAAAACUACGCAAUGUAAUGUUCAAGGUCACAAUGGUGUAACAGUUGUGAAUCAAGGGAUUAUAUGGUUCUCACUGAAAUUACCAAUUUAAUACAUGAUUAUUGUGAACAACAAAAUACUUUGUCUUUUGAGAUGGUCACAGUUAUUCCUUAUUUUUCCAUUCCAUUUGUAAGCUAUAAAAGAGUCUUCUAAGAGAAGCAGAGUAUUCUUAAUGACUGAGGUGAAAACUAGUAUAUGUUUAUAAUUGUAUAUUUAUUAAUAGUUUCAGUUGUUGUUGAAAUAAGAUUUGUAUGUAAAGAGUCUUGAAAGCAAAGAAAACUGUCAUAUUUUUUUGGAAAUUCAAAGUGUAAAUGUUAUAUAAACUGCGGAAAUUUGCAUAUAUGCUUCAGCAAAUGUUUCUGCUGAUGAAUUAUUUAUUCCCUGUUUGAAAAAUGCAAGUCAGGGAUAUACUCGUAAAUCUAUUGUACAUAGUUUAAUUAUUCUUCAGUGAUUAAAAACUGGGUCAGUGGUUUAAAUAUACUGAUGGCUGUGCUUACUAUGGCAGAUAUAUUGAAGAAAAAAUUAGAGUAGUUGUUAAUUUCCUCUUGAAAUUAUUUACUUGUUAUUAACACACAUAUAUCAUUAAAUAGGUUUGAAAACAGAUUUGUCUUUGUGUAUCACAAUAGUUCUUUCUGUUGUAUGUCAUUUUCCUUACAGUACUAACAUACCAGUUUUCCCCAUGUUUAAAUGAUAUGUAUAGAAAUGUAUGAGGUAUUAUGAUUCAAGAGGAAUGUGAUAGUGGUUUUGAUGAAGGCUGAAAAUAUGGUAAACAAUAAAAAAUUCUUGGGAUUUGGUUCAUUUUAUGUAACUAAAUGAAAGGCUGUUCAUAUGGUGCCAAAUGCAUUUUGCUCUUUUUAUUUGUAAAGUGUCUUGAGUUGCCUGCAAUACAUGAUGAUUUGUUUCUGUGUAUAACUGCAAAUUUGUUAUUACAUUACAGUUUUUUUUUAAUUUUCUGUCUUUUACAUUAGAAACAACUUACUGUAGCAAAAAUUACAUGAAGUUAAACUAGUACUCAUUUUUACUUAUGAUCUGUGAUCUUGUUGGUGGUGGUCCCAAGAAUAUAGAAGCAUCUAAGGAAUGAUAGAAAACAUUAAAAAAAGGAAAUUCUUGUUAUGAUUAUAGUUUUAAGGAUAAUUUAAAAUCAGGACCCUCUCUCUCCCCUUUUUUAUGUCUCUCUCCCCUUUUUCCGCCAUUGAUUUCCAGUAUAUCUCACUGCUCCUAUCUCC